CGACCAAUCAAAGAUCUGUUUAUAAGCGCGACGCUACUAUAUAAUGCUCCCGGACACCGCAAGUGAACGCCACGCGCAGCUCUCACUGAUUGCACUGAGCCGUGGUCAAACUGGACAGUUAGCCGCGUACUGCCUGCUAACAUUUUGAGGGUCAGGGAAGUUGCGUUAAUUUUAGUGCGGAGAUUAACUCCACAGAUAAACUCCGCAUAGAGAAGAAGAUAUUUAGAAAAACACCCAACGCAUUGACAAGUGGAUGUGAACUCCGUCUGGGAACAUGGAGCACCUGUCGUCGACCACCAACCGGUUCGUGAAUGCGAUGUACAGGCAGCGCGUUGUCUAGUUUAGCCAUAGAAGACUGUGAGGAUGCUGAAUUGGCCUAUACCAUGAGAGACCUGCCCCCUAGAGCCGGUCACACCUUCCCUGGAUGUGAGCUGCCCAUGAUGGACAGGGAGCCGGAUGGCAGCACCCGCCCUCAUACACCAGGGACACCCACUUUCACCCGGCCAAUGAACAGAAGUUUCCUGGGCUCCGAGCCGGAGUUACCCCGCCGUGGACAGCUCAGCUCCAUGAGCUCUCUGGAUUCUCCCCUGAGCCCCUCUCGCUCGAAAAGUCCUUGGGGCAGAUUUGACCCCUAUGACUCUGCUGAGGAUCAAGAUAAGGAGUAUGUUGGCUUUGCUACGCUGCCUAACCAAGUGCACAGGAAAUCUGUGAAAAAGGGGUUCGCCUUUACUCUUAUGGUGGCAGGGGAGUCGGGUUUAGGAAAAUCUACACUAGUCAACAGCCUCUUCCUCACAGACAUUUACAAAGACAGGAAGAUGCUGAAUGCUGAAGAGCGGAUCUCACAGACAGUGGAAAUCACGAAACACACUGUGGCUAUAGAGGAGAAAGGAGUCAAACUAAAACUCACCAUUGUGGAUACACCAGGAUUCGGGGAUGCUGUCAACAACACAGAGAGCUGGGGGGCAGUUGUGGACUACAUUGACCAGCAGUUUGAGCAAUACUUUCGUGACGAAAGUGGCCUCAACCGUAAAAACAUUCAGGACAACCGUGUGCACUGCUGCCUCUAUUUCAUCUCACCUUAUGGCCACGGUCUCAGACCAGUGGAUGUGGAGUUCAUGAAGAUGUUACAUGAGAAGGUCAACAUAGUGCCUGUGCUGGCCAAAGCAGAUAGUCUAACUCCAAUGGAAGUCAGAAAAAUGAAAAUGAAGAUUCGUGAGGAGAUUGAGAGAUUCGACAUCAACAUCUAUCAGUUCCCUGAAUGUGAUUCAGAUGAAGAUGAGGAGUUCAAACUGCAGCACCAGGAACUGAAGGACAGCAUUCCCUUUGCAGUAAUUGGCAGUAAUGUCCAAGUUGAAAGCCAAGGCAGGCGCUUCAGAGGCCGUCAGUACCCCUGGGGUGUGGUGGAAGUGGAGAACCCUGCUCACUCCGACUUCCUGAAGCUGAGGAACAUGUUGGUGCGCACGCACAUGCAAGACCUGAAGGAUGUGACACGGGAAACGCAUUACGAGAAUUACCGCGCUCAGUGCAUCCAGAAUAUGACCCGCAUGGUGGUCAGGGAGAGGAAACGCAGUCUGUGUAACCGGCUAAGAGAGAGCGCCUCAGACCUUCCUGUGCCUCUGAUGCCUGUGGACGGUGAGACGGAGCGCCUUAUUUGGGAGAAAGAUGAAGAGUUGCGCCGAAUGCAGGAAGUUCUGGAGAGGAUUCAGGAACAGAUGCGUCAUGGACAUUAAGACAGACUAAUCAAUUAAUUUAAAUGUUUACACGAUAGAAAUAUGGCUUGAGAUGGCAAAGGUUUAAGCUGCAGGAAACUGCAGUGAAUAUUAACUGUAAAAUGUGUGCAUCUUGUGAACGUAGGUGUCCUAAAUUAGCCGUCUGAAUACAUCUACAUAAAUACAUUUAAUAUUUUAGACUGAAUGUAAAUAUGACUCUUGUGAUACACAAGAAAUAAAACCAAUACAACUUGACUUGUAAAUGUCAUAAGAUUUAUUAUGAAUCGUCAAUGUUUUUUUUUUUUUUUUUUGUAGUAAUCUAGCAUAUUUUAAUAAGUUUUAUUACUAUUUUAGUUAAACAUGGUGGACAAUUCGAUCUUAAUGCAGCCCAAAAUGUACAGGCGAUAUAUAACUUAAACUUUCUCCAUAGGGAAAAUGCACAGUUUUUCAUAUAUUCAUAUAUAAUAUCAAUGUAGAAUGAGGUCUAACGGUCCCGCCCACAUCAUACAGUAUGAUACAUGGUCCCAAAAAUGAAAUAAAGGGAGGGAUUAACAUUUAAACAAACAAACAAAAACUGCAAUCUACAUGCAAAACCAGGCAUCAGUAUAAUCCUAAAAUACAUACACAUAUAUGUGAAUGCGUGCAUAUACCUCACAUAUAUACAUACAUCCAUACACAUAUAUAAAAAAAUAAAAAUAACAACAACAACAACAAAAAAACACUAAUAAAUUUCACAAAAGUUAGGCUAUUUUUUUUGUUUGUUUGUCUUUUUUAACUGAAUGUGAAGCACAGCAUGUAUUACUCCAUCUUCACAUCCCCAAAAAAAGAAAAAGGAAGUCAAACAGAAAAUCCAAUCCUCAAUUUUGGGGGGUUUGCAGCAGGAAGAGGAUGUUAAGAGCAGGAAUCACAGUGUUCCGUUUGAAAGUGACAGUAUAAAGCAACAACGUGGUGUACCUAACCAUCGACAGCAAACCAUUAAGUUUACAUAGGGAAACGGUCAGAUGGCUAACUUUGUGCAGGUUCAACCAAGCGAGUGCAUUGAGUAUGGCAGGCCGACUUUAAGAGAAGCACUGCUAAUUGGCAAAGGGGCUUUUUUUUCCUGAUGUCAAUGAAACGGAAAACAGCAAUUUUUAACCUCCUAAAAUGCUUAUUAACAAGCGCCUACUUCACGACAAUUUACACAAUCACGCGUAGUAAUGAAAAAUGGCUGUGCGCCGAUUAACGUAGAAUGGACACACAACAGCACCGAUUUACACUGGACAAGCGCGCGCGGCGCGCGAUAGACGCCUAUGAACGUGCGCGCGGCGUGACUCGAGAUUCAUUUAGGUUAACGUAUUUUCUAAGACUUCAUUCUACGUUUUUCAUCGUGUUUGCUACAAGCACGAGAACAUUGGUAACUGCUGAUUUGAAGAAAUGGAAAUGCCCGACUAUCACACGCCGUAAGUAACGUUUUUAAUAAUUUCAAACGUUAAUCAAGUAUUAUUAAGUUAAAUAGCUGAGCACUUGCUGUAAGCUAUAAAUGCUUUAAUGUACUUUCAAAUACAUGUCUUUCUCAGAUGUUGAGUUGUAUAUUAGUUGAGUUUCAUUACAACCCAUUCGCCUCGACACUUUUUUUUUUUAAGACUUUGAUUGCCAACAGAUGU